ACUCUCUUGCCUUUUCUUCAGUUCUCUCCCUCGCUCUCUCGCCAUGGCUUCCAAUGGAGACGACCUCGAUCUUCUCCUCUCGCUCCGAGAAGAUCGAGUCCCAGAGACUCCUCCAGGUUCCCCAUCGUCUCAUCCUUCCGAUCUACCAGGUUAUUUUUCUGAUGAUGCUUUGCCAAAGCGGACCGGAUCAGCGAAUAUGUCGGUGUUCCGGGACGCCGUGAAAGAUUAUCUUGAUGAGGCCAAUCCCAGUACAUCUGGCCCCGUUGUCCGCAAUCCGAAAAAAGCGAGGAAAUCCCAUGAAGUGGAAGCUGAGAAGUUCUCAGAUCUUCGGAUAAGGAAUUCGUUGAUAUCCUCUGUGGAGCUGAGUAAUCGAUUGUCCGAUCUUCGGUUUGUUAGAUUGACUGCAAUAAGGAAUUUGCUCUCUGGUGACACACUUUCUGGUUGUUGGGCCACUAUUGGGGUAUUGACUGAAAAAGGAGCUCCGAAGUUGAGUUCUGCAGGGAAAAACUACUGUAUUUGGAAGAUGGGGUGUUUAGAUGAAUUGAAUGUCUCUGUCUUUUUGUUUGGGGAUGCUUACUCAAGAUAUUCAAACGAGCCUUUGGGAUCAGUCUUUGUGCUUUUCAAUUCUGUAGUUCGCAAAGACAGCAUGGGAAGUGGGUUUUCAUUGAGUAUAUAUUCAGCCACUCAAUUCCUUAAAAUCGGGACAUCUGCAGACUUUGGCAUUUGUAAAAGCAAAAGGCAAGAUGGGAAUGCUUGCACAAUGGCCAUCAACAAGCAUCAAGGACAAUAUUGCAAAUACCACACAACGAGGGCAUAUCAAAAAUAUUCUACCAUGCGUUCUGAGUUCAAGGGUGGGAACCUGCAAAGAAUGUUCAAGCUCCAGUCAGAAGGGAUUUACAUGGUUGAUCCUCUAGCUAGCAAGUCAAAUUUGAGAACGUCUACUCAGCGAGCUAAGGUUCUGUCUGUCGAUGGUCUUAAGAAAGCUCUCAGUAAUGCAGAAAAUGUCACUAGCAAUCGCUACUCACAGGGAAUAAGAUUUUUAUCGAAGGUCACAGCAAAUACGCAACCAAAAGUUGUGAGCAGGGAAUCUGCAAAAGAUAACCACCUCAACUCAAAGAAAAGGCCAACCUCCUCUAUGGUGAAGGAAAAAAUUCAACUGAAUGCAAAAAGAAAUAAGACAACGCAUUCUUCUUCCACUGGAAACAUGAUUGAACUUGAUAUUGUCAACUCAGAUGAAGAGUGUUAAAGACUGAUAAAUUUUCCAACUUUUAUGCAACAGACUUACCAUCAUUUCAACUCUGUAACAGCCUCAGUUGAAAUGCAAUCAAGUCCAGCUAAGCAUAUGCUUUCAGGUAUAUUUAUGUAGAAAGUCAAUCUCAAAUUGACUGUUACUGUUUCCCAAUUUUGACAAUGUCUUCCAUCAAGUUAAUUUUACUAUUCCAAUUUUCAAGUCUCUUUUAAGAGUUAUCU